AAGAAGUCAAAUGUCAAUGUUAUGUUGAUAAAUAAAAUAGUUGUACAAUACGUAAUAAUUAAAAUUGUGUAUAAUCACGUUUUCCAACAAAAGUCUCAUGUCGAUAAGAUAACAUAGGUACAGAUAAAUCUUCUAUAUUGUUAGACAGUGUAAAGUUUACUAUAAUUAAGUUCCAGGAAUAUGACGGAACUCGGUGCGGAACAUCCAAGGAACUUGAUUCCGGAGCUCUGCAAGCAGUUUUACCACUUAGGAUGGGUGACCGGUACGGGAGGAGGCAUCUCUAUAAAGGAAGGGGACAAAAUCUUCAUAGCGCCAUCAGGAGUACAGAAGGAGCGGAUGCGGUUCGAUGAUCUGUUUGUUCAGACAAUCAAUGAUGAAGAUUUGGAACUACCACCCCCUGAGAAGAAACUAAAGAAGAGUCAAUGCACACCUCUAUUUAUGCUUGCAUACAAAGACAGAGGCGCCGGCGCUGUAAUACACACUCACUCACCGCACGCUGUCCGCUGCACGCUGCUGUACGACAAGGAGUUUGUUAUCACACAUCAGGAGAUGAUUAAGGGAAUAAAAGACGCAUCUCUCGGUCGCUACCUGCGUUAUGACGAGAAGCUGGUUGUUCCCAUCAUAGAGAACACGCCGUUCGAGAAAGACCUAGCCGGCAGCAUGGCCGAGGCAAUACGACAGUACCCGGGCACGAGCGCCGUGCUGGUGAGGAGGCAUGGAGUGUACGUGUGGGGCGACACCUGGCAGCAGGCCAAGACUAUGACGGAAUGCUACGAUUAUUUAUUUGAAAUGGCUGUGGAAAUGAAGAAAUUAGGCCUGGACCCAGCAUUCAAUCCAGAGACGGUUCAAAACGGAGGAAACAAGUGAUAACACACUAAUAAUAUGAUUAGAUCACGGCAUCCACUAAUAGGUAGUUUGUAUCCAAAUAUAGUAUAAGAUAUCUACGUAAAAUUAAGGAAAAAGUUUUUUGAAAGUUUUUACAUUUAAUCCAUUUUUAUUUAUAUUUCAUGUCUAUAAUACAGUAAAUAUCUACUCGAAUCAGAAACCGCUACUGUUAAUUAAAAACAAAAUAAAAUGUUAACUAUUUUUAUAAAUUUAAAUAUAUAAUUACAAACAGAAAA